CCGAAAGCACGAAAGUCGCAAUUGCCCGAUUUCUGGCACAGUGCAAAUGUCAAGCCCAUGAUGCAAAACUCUAAAUAAAACUAUUACUCAAUAAAAUCAGUGAAAAUGAAUAAAGUGUCGGAAUUCGAAAUAGCCCCCUUGCGGUCUUUGGACGACUUUCUCCUCGAGUCAGCCCGGUUCCAAAUCCCGAACGUCAACGACUUGGAAAAAUGGGGUAAAAGAGUCUCCAGCAACUUGCUCUACUACCAAAGCAACUAUUUCUUAAUGUCACUUAUAAUCUUCGUCAUUGUCGGCGUCAUCCACCCCACGAAAAUGGCCUGUGGGUUCGUGGUCACCGCGGUCAUUUUCAUGGUGUUUUCCUACAUCACCAACGAACGCUUCGCUGCAGCUCAAUUCAAAAAGAAACACCCGAUUGUCUCACUGUUGCUCAUUUUGGCGGGCUGCUACUUCGUCGCCUACAUGCUGAAGUCCCUCCUGGUUUUUUUAUUCGGGAUUUUGCUCCCGAUUUCAGCCACCUUCAUUCACUCGUCUUUACGACUGAGGAACAUUAAGAACAAAAUCGUCAAUCGCGUCGAAAAUCUGGGGCUAAAGCGGACCCCCAUGGGGAUUUUUCUUGAGCAACUUGGGCUUGAUCAAGAGGGGUUCUAACCGCGUCAAGUGGCUGAACAAACUUAAACAUUUUAUCGAAAAAAUCCAAACGUUCGUUAAGCGUCUGUUCACGAAGAAAAAUGCACCCAAAAAGUGAUUCCCACAUGCCCUACUCUAUUUUUUCAUUGCAUGGCAUUAUUAUUUCUAUUAGUAGUUGUAGUGUUUUUAUUUGCAUAAGAAUUUUAAUAUAUUGUUAUGUAUUGUU